UGCACACCUGCAGUGAAAAUAUUGGUGUAAUAUCUGAGUAAAAAGAUGAAAAUGAGUAUAGCCGAUACGUUUAGGGAAGGAGUGGUUUUCAUCACUGGUAGUACGGGGUUUCUAGGAAAAAUACUCUUGGAAAAAUUGUUAAGAUCUUGUGAUGUGAAAACCAUUGCGGUUCUCGUCAGGGGUAAGAAAGGAUUAGCUGCCAGUCAAAGAGUUGCGGAUAUCUUUAAACAAGCUACAUUUGAUCGCCUUCGUUUUGAAAAACCUGACUUCAUAACCAAGAUAAAAAUAAUUGAUGGAAAUUUAGAAGAACCUUCAUUAGGAUUUUCAACAGGCGAUCGUGAUUGGUUGAUAAAAAAUGUGAAUUUUGUCUUUCAUUGUGCUGCUACUGUCAGAUUCAAUGAAACUCUUCAGAUAGCAACAAAAAUAAAUAUUCAAGGAACAGAAAAUAUAUUAGAAUUAGCAACAAAAAUGACUAAUCUCAAGGGUUUUGUGCAUGUAUCAACUGCUUAUUCACACUGUCCAAGAAGUGAAAUUAAAGAACAAUUCUAUCCCGUUUCAAUAUCAGCUAAUGAAUUAAAAGAUUUAAUUAAACGAGGUGAAAACACACAGAAAAUUUUUUCAGUUGAUUGGCCUAAUACCUACACAUUCACUAAAGCACUUUCAGAAAAUGUAAUUUUAACAAAUGAAAAUCAAUUUCCGAUUUCAAUAUUUCGUCCUUCGAUUAUUGGAUGCACAAAAUGUGAACCAGAACCAGGUUGGUUAGAUAAUAUUAAUGGACCGUCUAGUAUUAUUGCUCCCCUAAUUGUCGGAUUUUUAAGAACAUUUCAAUUAUCCACAGAUAAAAGAACUGAUAUUGUCCCAGUCGAUUACACUGCAAAUGCACUAAUCAGUGUAAUGUGGAGUACAGUGAACAGACAUAACUAUAGUUACGAAAAGAACAAGGAACCAAAAAUUUAUAAUUACGUGUCUAGUGUUGACAGCCCAAUACAUUGGGAUAAGAUCAUACAGUAUACAUUUGAAACUUACCAUCAGGCGCCUCCGUUGGGAUCAAUGUGGUAUAUAUUUUGUAUAUUUUCUACCAAUCGAUGGUUCGUUGAUAUUUUAAGAUUUUUACUACACCGGAUACCUGCUGCGUUCGUAGAUUUAUUAUUCCAUAUUCGUGGUAAAAAUCCAAAAAUGCUGAAAAUGUAUAAAAAAUUAGAAAAUAUGACUGAUUUGCUUAAAGUGUUUACUACAAGUGAAUGGAAAUUCGACAACAGUAAUGUUCGAGAAUUAUGGUCGUCAUUGAGUCAAGAGGAUCGUGAAACAUUUUGGUUUGGUUUCGAAGAAUUUGAUUGGAAAUCUUAUAUAAAGUGUACUUUUUACGGGAUUAGAAAACACAUUUUACACGAAGACUUAAGUAACAUGACUAUAGCGUUAAAAAAAAAUCAAAAAUUAUAUUGGUGUCAUCAGUUGUGCAUUUUCUUUAUUAUUCACAUCGUAUUCAAAGUAUGUUGGAUAUUAAUAUUAUGAUCCAAUUAAAUAAAAGAAAAAUGCGCUUAAAGUACUUCCUUGUAU